AUGGUCGCAAACGUCGUCGCGGGGGCGGUCUGCUGCUGCUCGGUCCCGCGUCCAAAGACACAGGCGGAGCGCCGGAUCUUGUUGUGCGGCGGGUUGCUGAACGUCCUGCUGCCGUGUGGCGCCGGCUCGCUGGUGGCGGGGUGCUGCCUGCGAGACAACCAGUUGAUCAAUACGGGGGCGCUGCAACUGGCCCUGACGCUGCUGCUCGUCGGCGUCUUGUGGUCACUGGUCUACGGCAUCAUGAUGAUUCUGAAUGCCCUCACGUCGCCGAUUUCGUCGGCCGCGCCUCAGGACCCGCCGGCGGGCGAAAUCGAGGCCUUCUCGAAGAAGGCGAGCCUCGCCCACCAGCGCGCGAGCGCGAGCCACCCCGGGGCGUCUCGGCAAUCUCCGCAAGCGGCUGAAAUCGCAGGCCGGGGCGAGGGGGCCGCCGGAGGCAGCCGCUGUGCCGGGGACGAACUCGCGCCCUUCAAAACUCGCCACAGCGUUGGCUCCACCGAGGAGCGCCUCGAUCGCGCGUUCGCGCAGCUGCAGACGGGGCGCUGGCGCUCGCUGACUGCCGCCUCCUCGUCGGUCGCCGUGGCGAUCUCGCCGCGGGCCUUGCGCGGGAGCAAAGCGGAGGAGGGCGGCGCCCGCGCGUGCCACGAAGGAGACGACGCAGGCCAAGAGCGAGACGCCGCGAGGAGCCCAGACGCGACUCUCCGCGCGCAAGUCAUUGGCGCCAGGACUCUGCCGCCUUCGCUGCUGGAGGAGGGACGGGGCGGCGAAGGUGGCAUGCCGAGCCAGGACUGA